GUUGGAGCAAAGAUUGCAUUUCAUUGCCAAUACCAGUGAAUAAUAUUAUGAUUUAUAUUGUUAUGUCAACUUUAUCUCAUGCAGUGCAAAUUCAUUUUUUAAGACAACUACCUAACUAAAAUUAAACUGCAAAAGUACAUUUUAUUUUAAUUUUUACUUCUCAAUUUAUAAAAAUCUAAUAUUUUGUUUGUGGUUAUUUUUAGCACAGAUUGUUGGUUGGGAGCAUAAUGUGAAUAAUCUGAGAAUACUUCCUGAUGGCUCCAUAUUUCAUGACUCUGGGAGAACAAAUAGACAUGUCUCAAGACACAUCAGCCAACGACCUGUUCUCCGAUGAUGAUGAUUUGGUUGAUGAUGAGUUUCCCUCGGUACCAAUCAUUCCAAUUCCUGACAUCCUACCAGUUGAUAACACCUCACUUCCACAGCUAUUGACUCAGACUUGUGGCACUGAGGACUACCAUGAGGUGACCUCCAUAAAACUGAAGGUAAUAUCAGGCCAAACCAGUCUGCAGCGAUUACACAUCUACUUGCCUCACCUGCACGAGCUGGACUUGAGUGGUAGCCAUCUGCAGACUCUCAGACCACUUGGCUAUGGGCUGGAUAGUCUCCGUAUCUUACGAGUGGGCCGAUGUUCCCUCCUCAGCCUAGAUGGACUGUUUGGUGUAAGUGGACUCUUGGAGUUGUACGCCCCAAACAAUGCAGUUUCAGACUUGGGGCUGUUGGCUACCUUGCCUCUACUCAGAGUAUUGGAUCUUAAAAGUAACCAGGUUUCAAGCCUGCUCCAGGUCAGUUUCCUGUCCCUGUGUGAGGAGCUGAGAGAGUUGACACUAGCAGAUUGUCCUGUGUGUGAGCUGCCAGGCUACAAAGCUUCCAUCAUCACUACUUUACCUAGGCUUACUCAGCUGGAUGGGUUUCUUUUGGCUGAGGGAGGUUCCGAUUGGUGUCAGGAAGGAAAACAGUCAACACCUGACCAGUCCGACGAUGACAGAGAGGGUGGAGCUACUGCUUUGUCCUUGGAGCACCUUGGUAUACAAAGUACCCAAGAGCUAGAAGUUGAUGACAGGAAAUGCCGCAGACCUGCAACUGCAUCUGGAACACCAUCAGUUAACACAGCACUCGCAUUGCCUAUCAGGCCAUCUACAGCUGUGCCCAAGAAGAAGUCACCUCUUUUUACUAACAGUGUUGGAGCUGAUCCAGAAGGCUUGUCUGAAUCUGUGAGCAAGCUGACGUCAGGAGGAGUUGUGUGUGGCAACUUAGCAGCAGCCCUUCGUGGUAAACAUCGACAACACAAGCCUGCCUGGACUCAGGAAUCAGAAAAGAACAAGAUUGUUCAUAGAAAUGGCCUGAACAUGCCUCCAUCAUACACAGAAAUUGAGAAGAUAGAACCUGAGAAGAAUGGAGCUGGAGAUUCUACCUCUCGUCCUCUGUUGGCGGCCAGUCGUCAGUGGCGAGAAGCCUAUCAUAGCUUCCGCAAAUCUCACAAAGAACAAUGGAAAAAAGAAGAGGAGGAAGAUGGUGCUUAGUUUUAUUGAUGAGUUAUCGUCCAUUGUUUUAAUUUUGUAUUAUUGAUGUUAUUAUUUUAUAUUAUGUUAAUCGAGGUACUUCUUUGGCUGUGUUUACUAAACCUUUGUUGCUAUCGUGAAUGAUAUUUAAUCCUGAAAUACAAUGUACUGUUCUCUAGUAAUAGAACAAUAAUUUUAAUCUUUAAAUUAUUUAUAUAAACUUAUUGUAGUUAUAUGUUACAGUGAAAAUACACUUAUUUUAUAAAUAGGUAUUCUAUUUUUUUACCCAUAUUGUGUUUCUAUGCAUUUUGAAUUAAAAAUAAUGUCUAGCUAUCAUAUUCUUAACUAUAGCAAUCCAAGAACCUCUAUUA